AUGUCGGCAGCCCAAGUGCUCAACAAUGCUGCUUACGGCCGCACAUCGGCGUGGCCUGAUUCGAAUACCCGUCCGGAUCUGCAGACACUACGAGGACGCUUUCUACGACGACUUCAUCUUUCGCUUAUUUAUGGUCUCUGGGUGCUUGGUACGCUUUUCAAUGCAGCGAUGUGGGUUUUCUCGCUCGUCUGUGUAGCUCAGUGGGUUUGGAGUACCCUCAUCGGUGCUAAUGAAGCUCCGAUUCCACUUGCCGUGCAAGUAUUUCUAAGUCUCGUCGCACUCUAUGAGAGUUACCAUUUCGUGACUCGGCCUUCGCAUCACCCCUGGCCAUUCAUGCGGCGCUUGAUUCGCUACUCGCUCCUUCACUACCCGUACUUCCGCCUCAAUGCCACGGUCUUCGACGAGCGCGAGCGGGCCAAGCAAUUAAGUCAAGAUGGUGCUACCAAUGACACUAGCGCUUUCAACACGGAGAUCGCUAGCAAGACCAUCGUGGAGAACGAUAUUUCUCCAUUUGUGAAACCCAACGAGAGCGCCAUGUUUGCUUUUCAUCCGCACAGCGUUCUCUCCAAUGGCUGGGUAGCCAAUGGCGCGAAUCACAUGAGUUUCGAACAAGCUGACUGUCGAUGGCUCGUAGCUGAAAAUCUCUUUGGGGUCCCCCUCAUGAGAGACUUGCUAAACUGGAUGGACUUUAGUAGCGUUGCCAAGUCAACGUUCCAACAGCGUAUGUCUGCCCGUCAAAAUGUGUGUUUGAUCCCUGGUGGCUUCGAAGAAGCAACACUCUACGAACGAGGCAAACAUCGUGUGUACAUCAAGAAACGCUUUGGCUUCAUCAAGCUGGCUUUGCAGUAUGGGUACAAGGUGCACCCAGUGUACACGUUCGGGGAGGAGUACGCUUAUCACACCUUUCCUUAUCUGCUCAAGUUGCGUCUCAAGCUGAACGAGUUCAAGAUUCCUGGAGUAUUUUUCUUCGGUCUUCCGCAUUGUUUCUUUCUGCCUCGCACCGACGUGGACCUUAUCACUGUCGUUGGAGAACCCUUGGUCCUACCGCGUAUCGAACAACCGACCAAGGAAGACGUGCAGAAAUAUCAAGGUCAGUACGUCGAGGCUCUGCAAAAGCUGUUCAACAAGUACAAGUCUGUGUACGCCGUCGAUCCGCAAGCGCAGUUGGAAAUAUACUAA